AUGGCUCGGUGUGGCCAUGGAAAGAAAAAUAGAUGCCGAAACCUGCGCAGCCUGAUACACAGGCAAGGCAGGACCUUUCCUGUGGAGGUGUCCUCGACAGCUACACUUGUACGAAAGCUAUGUGGCAAACCAUGCAAGCUUACAGUCAACUACCCCAUCAUUUAUUUAUCGGCAUGGGCAAAAUCCAUCUUCAAAGCUGGGGGUCAGAUGCUACUUGGAGGCCACACACUAGCCCAGCAAGAACAAUUCAAGAAGAUGUACCGAACUUUUUGGUCAUGCUAUAAACAUGUGAGACCCGACCUUGACCUUUAUGACCACCCUGACUGGGACACUGGACUCUGCAUUCCCGUGGCUUACCAUGGAGAUGAAGGACGCGGCAAGCUGAAGCGGCCUAUAAUGGUAUUGAACUGGCAGCCGUUAGUUAGCUACAAAGGUGAUGCAGUAACCAACAGUAGCGGGCACAGCUUCACGACACGUCUGUUAGUUACCGUGGUACCAAGCGAAAUCUACGUUGGUGACAGAACCCUGGAUGACCUCCAUGAGGCCCUGGCAAAAGAUGUGUUGGCCAUGUACCACGAUGGUCUCGAGGUAAAGUACCGGGAGAACGUCUUCAAGUUUCGGUUUGUGCCUGUCUCACUGAAAGGGGAUUGGCCGUGGCUCCGCAAAGCAUUGCAUUUGAAAACUGGAUUCGGAUGUCGAAGGAUUUGUCACUUAUGCCCAGGAGAAGAUUGGUUUGAUCUGGGGCCCACUAGUAGCACUCGAACCUGGUCCCGUGAUGCUGCCAUCGAGAGCCCUUUCAAACAUCGUGUAUCACCACUACGUGCGAUGCCAUCCUGCUUUACAGCAAGCUGGGCCAAACCGGACCCGGCCCAUACAUAUGCAAUCAACGGAUGGGGCAAGGAUAUGAUGGCGUCGACAGUGCUUUUGCUCGUUCGCCUCGGCAUGUUUGACAACCACGGUUACCGAUGGCUUUCACAAGGGCUAUCCGAAGGGUUUGACCGCUUUAAGCAGUGGUGCCGUGCCCACCACAAAACAACAUCUCUUACCUCGUUUUCGCUAAAGGUGUUCAAGAUCAACAAGCUGAAGCAAUUUCCGCGGGGAGCUGGAAAGGGGCACGACACCGCUGUUUUGGGUGGAUGGUUGCAAGACGAGCUACAACAGCUUGGUGGAUCCAGCUUGUGUGAUGAUCACAAAGAACUUUUUGAGCUUGUCAAGUGGACCAUGAAUGCCCUCAGCAUCCACUGGCGAACGCUCUUAGCCACUGCUGAUGACCCCACUGCUCAGUCUGCGACACCUAUUCUGCCUUUAGGCGCUUUGGUUCAGAGGACCUUCGUAAAGGGCAACCAUCCGAUGUUGGCCGAGACUCAAGCCUUAGACCUCAUUUCCCAGCUUGAGGAUUUGCAUCUAAAGGAGCUCGAGGACGCGACUAUGGAGACUUUUGUCAGGUCCUUGGAUUACCAGGAGACGGAAGACUGGGAUGCAAUGUUCAAGCAGUAUGUCCUCACCGGAAAAACGGAUCGGCUACUAGCUGCUCUCUUGGCAAAGGGCUCACCUUUGGGAGAGCUUUCAGAGAGUGUUCUUGCCCUGGCCGCGGUGGACGUGAAUUUAGAUGACAAACAUGGCUGGAGAUAUUUGAAGUCACUUCCCGUAAAUCGCAGGACUAGAAAGGCCAUGAUGGAGAAAAGGUUUUCAAUGAGGGGAGACAGUCCAGCGUACCGGGCACUGAUGUGGGCUGCAAGGGGGCAGCUCGAUGGCGUAAUUG